AUGGUGUGGGACGCCGAGAGCGAUGGGCGAGCAGAGGAGCGAGGAGCGGAGCGCAUCGCGGGUGGAACCGGCGGGAAGGGCGUGGGAAAGGCCGUCCGAGAGGAGGAAGCAGCGGACCUCCAGGGGUCCCUGCAAACUCCCAUUUCCUCCCCGCGCCCCUCGCCCCCCCCAGCCCGUUGGCGCCGGGAAGGCGCAGGAUUCAGAGCUCAGAGGCCCGGGGCCGGCGGCCGCCUACCCUCAGUGGCUCGGGGGUGUCGGCUGAGGCGGGGCGGAGGCGGGGACCGGGGUAACUCGCUCGCGCAGGCUGGAGCCGGCACAGGGCCCAGCCCGACCCUGCUUUGGCCACUACCCCCCGGGUCUCCAGCGCCGCCGGACCCUCACGCCGCCACCUUCUCUCCAGCUCAGCGCCGCCGCGGCCGCAGCCUCCUGCCUAGCAUCUUCCAGCCCCCAAUCCCUGAGAAUCAGUUCUGGGAUGUAACAGAGCAAGCGGACAUUAUUCUGGGACCAGCAAGCCUCGGUCACUGCAGCCACCACGCUACGUGGGGCUUCUGGUUUCGCGGAGACCUCAGGCUAGGAGCAGCCCUGAGCAGGGAGACAGUUACAGAGAAUCCCCACCAAGUUGCAGGCAGAGGGACAGCCAAGGCCCUCAGGAAGUGCACGAGAGCAGAACCUCUACGGCAAGUUCACCGAGAAAUCUGGAAAGUUCGAAUCCCAGCCCCAGUCCAUCAAAUCGAGCAUCAUAAAAUUAAGUUUUCCUUACUGUGA